UUGGAAGCGAACGUGCUCCUGUUGCUCUGCGGGGGGAGUCACGCGCGCCGCGCCGCCGCCGCCGCCGCCGCCGCACGUCGCGGUGACAGUGAAGCUCUCGGAGUUGUGACCUGAUUAGAACCAUCGUCUCCUGCGGGUCAAAUGAGCCACUACACGCUCGCGCUCACGUUCGUUCGCAUCCUCUCAGACUCGACGUGAAGCAUAAAGUUUGGUUUUUCACGGAGUUCUGCAAACACCUGCGCUUCCUUUAAGCCCGGUCCGUGAUUGGGGUUAAAAGGCUGCUUGCUGCGAUUUAACACACAUCCACACAAAGCAGGAAACUCCCGAGCACAGCGCACAGAAUGGGUGGAUGUGCUUAUCUGCUGCUCACACCUGCAGGAUUCAUUGAGUCCGCAAAGCACCGCCGCAUCAUUAAACGCCACAAUGCGGAGAGCGACGCAAAAGCAGCGUGUGCGAUGCAAAGCUCGUGCGUGGAGGACGGAUCGCUGCUUUGGCUCGGCCCAACUUUCAGCGCUGUUCUGUGAGCUUCUCACCAUCUGGAGCCUGAUUGUGCUGCUUAUUCCAGGCCCAGAUGGUCGAGUUAAGAGGUGGCACCACACGAGCUGGAGUUUGAUCUUUAAGAACCCAAUCUGUCGCUAUUUGAUCACCGCAGAGUCCGUUCAGAAACGCUCAACAGAACGCAGGCCGCGUGUUGGUGCUGGUUUCCAGCUGCGCGUGCCUCUGUACCUGACUUCCUUCAGCGGAUGCCCCCACCGUGUCAGUUUACCAGCUGACCGGUACCGACGCGCCUGUUCGCGCAUCUGAUCCCCCUUUUCCAUUUAGCCUGCUAUGCGCCAGCUGUCAGCUGACCUCGGACCAGAGCCGCGACUCACGUUACGUGUGUGACUUCAUUGCGUCUCUGUCUGACAGCGGGACUCUGGGCGGAGGUGCUUUUACGCACGGAGACGGUUCCCCGGCGCGCGGCAGGUCUCGUCCGGCAGUCGUGUGAAGCUAGACAUAAUUAACGUGGGCCACGCCGGAAGCUCUUCGCGUGACCUUCCAAAAUAAAUGCACACGGGCUUAAGCAGUUUAGCCGCCACACGAGGCAACGUUCGGUUCCGUCGCGGAGCAUGGCUUCAGCUGCCGGCAUCCUGAGCGCCGAACCAGACUUCAACAGCAGGAGAGUGACUCGGACCUUCGUGUUCAGGUCCCGCAGCCGGCACAGGUUUAGGAUCCCUGGGUGGAAAAAGGAGGGGGGGAUGAACAGCACGCCGCCAGGAUUACGGUUGCUCAGGCCUCCCACAGUCAUAGGCCAGUUCCACACCCUCUUCUUCGGCUCGGUGCGGAUGUUCUUCCUGGGCGUCCUCGGCUUCGCUGUCUACGGGAAUGAAGCGCUGCACUUCAGCUGCGACCCGGAUCGCAGAGAGCUCAACCUGUACUGCUACAACCAGUUCCGACCCAUAACCCCCCAGGUUUUCUGGGCCCUGCAGCUGGUAACGGUACUGGUUCCGGGGGCCGUGUUCCAUCUGUACGCAGCCUGUAAGAACAUCGACCAGGAGGAGAUCCUGGAGCGACCCCUCUACACCGUCUUCUACAUCAUCUCAGUGCUUCUACGCAUCAUCCUGGAAGUCAUCGCCUUCUGGCUGCAGAGUCACCUCUUUGGCUUCCAGGUUCACCCACUGUUCAUGUGUGAAGCCAGUGCUCUGGAGAAAACCUUUAAUGUGACUAAAUGCAUGGUUCCCGAACACUUUGAAAAGACCAUCUUCCUCAGUGCCAUGUACACCUUCACCGUGAUCACCAUCCUUCUGUGUAUCGCUGAGAUAUUUGAAAUACUGUGCCGCCGGCUCGGUUACCUCAACAACCAGUGACCCACACAGAGCUAAGGACAGAGCCCACCUCACCGCGUCCAUGGAGGGUGAGCAGUGUCACAGUUCAGACAUCAGUGGGUCUGUCCAGCUGGGUGGGUUCUGGAGGAUGUGACGACAGCACCAGCGGUGGACCGGCGCAACACGGUCCAGGAGAACAACACCCUCCAGCCACAGACCCGUAACUGGUGUGGUGUUCAACCCAAAGCUGCUGUUGAGUGUCUGAAUCGAUGGAGCCUCACUGAUGGAAGGUGAAACCCAGAGCAGGUCCACUUGACAGCACCAGUGGUGUGUGAUUCAGUAACAGAACCUUGGGCUGGUCACACUUCAUCUGUGACUCUGCUGCCGCCUCCAGCUGGUUCUGACCUUCACUUCCUCAGUCUUGAGCCUUUGUAGAAUUGGGAACACGGCCCGUUUGUCCAGCUAAACAGCUCCAGGGCCUCAGCUUGUCGGACUUUCUUAACCCACAAAUGGAUUCAUGGAGUUCUUGGUAUCAAUGGUGCUGCACGGGUGCAGCAAAGACACUGCACAGACUUUUAUGAACAGUGUAGUAACUAUUGCUCUAAGCUAUGGAGCAAUGGUUGUGUCUCUGCAGUGGGACUUUAGCACCAGCUCCUUCGUAUCAGCGGUUCCUACCUUGUAACAUGUGCAUGUCUGUGUUCUGAAGAAGAUUACCUCUGAUGUUGCUGUUUUUUAAUCAGACAUCCAUCCAACCUUAGUUAUUAUAACGUUUUCAGCUGUGUGUUUCUCAUCUCAGGUACAGAAGGGCAUUACCAGACUAAAGCGGGUUCAACCCCAUUUCAAGUCUAGUUUAGACCUUGUACAGAAGCGCUUGCAGCUCUGAGGGGUCCCUCAGCCUCUCAGCUCUACUUAGGCUGACUGGAAGCCCGUUUGGGACUCCUGUGGUUUGGCUUCGUACAGGUUAGUGGAGUGAGUGGAGGAUGCUUUUAAACUUGGCCUCUGACUCUAACGUCAGGUAAAGAAGCGUUGAGUCCUGAUCCAGGACGACCUGCUGUAAUCCAAGCCACAUUUGGGUCUCUCAUUUCUGACCCUCACUUAUUGUUUCCACAGGCUGAAACUGGGUCUUGCUGCAGAUGGUGUUGAAAUCUGUCUUCAGAUGAUUGAUUUAGAAUUAGUAGUUUAGAAAGAGGCAGAGUAUUUAUAGUAGUUUGAGUCAUAGACAGAUAUGGUAAAUCUUACAUUUUGCUUACUUUUCUACAUAGAUGUUGGAGAUGAACACAGAUUUCUUUUAUUACUGCCAUCAAAUUGUUCUUAUUUCUUUCUUUCUGUGGUUUUCAGUGAGCUGCUGAGUUGAGGCUCAGUGGCUCCACUGAAGACUAGCUACAAAUUCUGAUAUGAUGCUUUACUUGAAUGAUUAAGUUUUCAUUGGCUGUUUUGUGUCGUUGUACCGAACUCACUGAAUGAACGUCUGCGGGCUGCACGUGAUGAAUCUGUGUUUUGUCUUGAGAUGAUUAAAGAUGUUUAACAGUC